AUGGCAGAUGGCGCUCUCCCUGAAAGACCGCAGUCUGACGACCAGCUAAUUUCCAAGAUCCUCGAGUCUCUCACUCUAGAGGAAAAAUGCACCCUUCUCUCUGGGAAGAACAUGUGGGAAACCGCAGAAAUCCCACGCCUAGGCAUCAAAAGCCUCAAGACAAGCGAUGGACCAGCAGGCGUACGCGGCUCGCGAUGGACUGAUGGCACUCACACGACGUACAUCCCUUGUGGCAUUUCUCUCGCCGCCACUUUUGAUCCGGACCUCGUCCAGCGCGUCGGCAAGAUCCUUGGCGCUGAAGCAAAGACCAAAGGCGCCCAUGUGCUUCUCGCACCAACUAUGAACAUCAGCCGCUCACCCUUUGGUGGCCGCAACUUUGAGAACUUUGGCGAGGAUCCCUAUCUUACUGGUAUCAUGGCCACUAGCUACAUCCGCGGCGUUCAGGACGAAGGGGUAGGGGCUUGCAUGAAGCACUACGUAGCCAACGACAUGGAGACCCGGCGCUUCAACAUGGACGAGCAAAUCGAUGAGCGCACCCUGCGAGAAAUCUAUCUCAAACCCUUCAAGAUCACCCUAAAAGCGAAUCCAUGGACUGCUAUGACGGCAUAUCCCAAGAUCAACGGCGUGCAUGCCGAUAUGAGCCACUUUCUUGUUCAUGACAUUCUCCGAGAAGAAUGGGGUUAUGAUGGUCUGGUCAUGAGCGAUUGGGGCGGUUUAAACUCCACAAUCGAUAGCAUCCGUGCCACCACAGACCUGGAGAUGCCAGGUCCGCCGCUUAGAUACGGAAAGGCUCUUCUCAAGGCUGUACGCACCGGUGCGGUUUCUGAAGAAGAGCAUGUCGAUCCGUCUGUGAAAAGAUUACUACGGCUACUCGCACGAACACAACGGCUUACUUGCGCGAGCCAGAACGGGGCGAGUGGUGCAAAUGGCGCCAACGGUACAAAUGGUACUCAUAACAUGGUAAUGGAUGCCAAUGAGGGUGAAUCCGAUACCCCUCAAGCCCGCCAAACUGCCAGAGAAGCAGCAUCACAUGGCAUAGUUCUCCUAAAGAACAACGGGAUUCUCCCCCUGAGCCCCUCCAAAAUUCGCAAACUCGCCGUCAUUGGGCCAAACGCCAAAACCCCCACUACAGGCGGCACUGGAAGUGCAAUUGUGAAUCCAUACUACAUCACUACUCCCUACGACUCUCUCACUCACGCCGCCAAGACCGCAAACCCAGAAAUACAAGUCACACAUGAGCGCGGCAUCUUCACACACCUUCAACCACCCCUCAUCGGAGACUGCCUCACGAACCCAAUCACCGGUGGCCCCGGCGUCCGCGUAGAUUUCUUUGCAGGUGACCGUUUCGAAGGGGAGAUUGUCGCAUCCUCCAACUGGCAAAACUCUCUCGUCUACUUCAUGAGCGACGGUGACGUCCCCGAUACCCUUCGGGGAACUCGCUACAGUUACAAGGCCAGCGGUCUCCUUCGCCCCAGCGUCACAGGCGUCUACGACUUCAGUCUUUCCAACACGGGCAAAGCGCAGUUGUACAUUGAUGACGAGCUGCUCAUUGACAACAGAGACUGGACGCAGAUUAGCGGCAACUUUAUGAACUGCGGCAGCGUCGAAAUCUUUGCUAGCAGGGAGCUGGAGGCCGGAAAGACGUACAGACUGCGGGUUGACAACCUCGUCGUCCCGCCGCCUACGAAACCGCACGACAACACCCUCUUCCACAAGAUUUCCGGUGUCCGUGUUGGGAUGCUCUACAGACAUGAUGAGGAGAAGAUGUUCACUGAUGCGGUUGCCGCCGCAAAGGACGCUGAUGCCGUGGUGGUUGUAGUGGGUCAUAACAAUGAUACGGAGCGCGAGGGAUCGGACCGGACCUCGCUUUCGCUGCCGCGCCGGACGGACGAAUUGGUGGCUGCCGUGUCGGCCGCGAAUCCCAACGUCAUUGUCGUGACCCAGUCCGCUUGCGCUAUCGCCAUGCCAUGGGUUGACGCACCUGCUGCCAUUGUGCAUGCUUGGUAUCAAGGCCAGGAAUGCGGGAACGCCAUCGCGGAUGUGCUUUUCGGCUCAGUGAACCCCUCUGCCAAGCUGCCCCUAACGUUUCCGCAAAAGAUUGAGGACCACGGCUCACACAAGUGGUUCCCUGGAGACGCCGAGAACGAUUAUGCAGAAUACGGCGAGGGUGUACUUGUCGGAUACCGCUGGUUCGAUCACCAAGGCACGGAGCCGCUAUGGCCUUUUGGGUUCGGGUUAUCGUAUACUACGUUCCACAUCACCAAUGUUGCUGUCAACGGCAGCGUAGCCGUCAACGGGGAGCGAUCCGCCGUCAUUAGGGCUGUAGUCAGUAAUGUAGGUGAGGUCGCAGGCAGCGAGGUCAUUCAACUCUACGUCUCUCCUUCCCCGGCGAUCCAAAAUGUAGGCCGUCCAUCUGCACCAAAGGCCCUUGCUGGAUUCCACAAAGUUGGCCUCUUGCCAGGCGAGUCCAAGCCGGUAGAAAUCAGCAUCGAUGCGGAAGCGUUUUCUUGGUUCGACGUGGAAGUCAAGGGAGGGCCAGGGUGUGGUGGGAAGUGGAGAGUUGACAGAGGAGUUUACAAAUGUUUCCUCGGCACGAGUUCGCGAGACAUAGUAGCAGCCCUAGAUGUCACCGUAGAGUGA